UGUGCGUGUCGUGUGUGUACUACGUCACUAGAAUUCUGCGUUGUUGCAGAGUCACUGCGAAUGGUUGGAGUGUAAACAAGAGACUGCCGAACGAAAAAUCUAGAAUAUUGUAUAUGGUUUCUUAUUUUUGUUUCUUAUUUGUCAGUGGUAAAUGUACAAAUACACUAUAGAGAUACAUUUUGUGUAAGGGGAAACAAGCUCCUGUAUGCUCAGUCUUUAUACGGGUUUGGACCCUAUAGCCUUUUAAGGCUCUUUUACAUUAUGGCUGCUGUGGAGGAAGUAGAAAAGGAUUGUGAGGAGGAUACACUCCAGACAGCUUUCAAAAAGCUGCGUGUGGAUGCUGAAAGUUCCACAACCACAGUCCGAGUCUGUGACACUUUGGCUUCCAGAUUGGUUGUUCGAGGCAGCCCGGAAGGAGCUGGAGCCAAAUCCAAGAUUUCGUCUUCAAAAGAAAACUGGCUCGGAUGCACACGAAAGUCAUCCAGAGGUGCUGUGAGAAGCCAGCGACGCCGCCGAUCAAAAUCUCCUAUCCUUCACGCUCCAAAGUUUACGUACUGCAGUAAAAUGUCUCCCCCUCCUGGUCAUCUCAAACACAAGACCCCACCAGACCCCGAAGACCCCAGCACCUCUCUGGGCAUCUCUGUCAAGACGGAAGUUCCCUUCUCCGCUUCACGUUCAACUGUAUUCGGUGUGGUCGGGUAUGAAACCCACCUCCCCGCCGCUAGCGGUCAGGAAGCAGCCCGGCUCAGUCCACGAAUACCAUCGGAAGGCGAGAGCGCCGAGAACAGGCCCACUUUAGGAAGCGGCAGUGCUUCUCAGGAGGCGGCAGAAGGUGGCGCUGCUGUGUCUGACUUUCAAACUCUGUGCAAGCUGCAGGAAGGUGGCCAGUGCCCAUGCGGGCAAAAAGAAUGCCAGUGUGCCGGUUGGCAGGGUGUGGAGGUCUACUCGUUCACUGGCCUUCGAGACGUCAUCUCUGAAUGUGAACGAAGUGUCCCGCAGGACACUAGCAACAGAACUAACGCAAGUAACGGAACAUCCAGCUCGCCUCGAUCUUGUUCUGAACAAGCCCGCGCUUACGUAGAUGACAUCACAAUAGAGGACCUUUCCGGCUACAUGGAAUAUUACCUUUACAUCCCGAAAAAGAUGUCGCACAUGGCUGAGAUGAUGUACACCUGAAAGAAAUGUAAUAAAUUAAAGAAUUAUAAAAUUAAUAUCAAUGGGUACUUUUAAUAAAAUUGAUCGAUUGAUUUAUUUAAAAGAGAAAGGUAGACCAUAUCAAACAAGCAAUUCUAUGCUUAUUGUUCUAUUGAGGAUUUGUUACCAUGAUUGUUAUUUUUUGUAACAUCCAGACAACGUGUGCUGACGAAGGCAUGACUCGUUCUGUGAUCAUGUUUCUUUUGUUUUCGUUUGGUUUCAUGAUAACUGUUCUUAUGUUUGGUGUAUGUCUUAUGUAAGUUGCCAAAGGUCUAUCACAGAGACUGCAGGUUUAUUUUACUGAUAUAUGCAAACUUACAGAAUGCCAAGUAAUUCUGUUCAACUAUGAUCAAAUUUGUGAUGUCAUCUAGAUCAAAUCUCAAUAAAACUGUGUUUUGGGGGA